ACGCGACGCCGCUGGAAGCUUCACCGUCUAUCUUCUUCUCUUCCUCCCGUCUCCAUCAAAUAACUUCCUAUUUGCCGCCAGUUCUCUAUCUUCUCUACUCCACGCCCUAGUUUUCCCACGCUUGAAUUGCUCCCCAUUCCCACUCUAGCAAUGGCUAUAGAAACUGCAGACGCCACCGCUACAACGGCCUCAGAAUUCGCUUUAGCCGACACCGAUAUCAACUGGGACAGGUUGGAUAAGACGAGAUUUCACAUUAUUGGAGCCAUUCUAUUUACUGUGCAGUCAGCUUUGAUACACCCUACAGCUGUUGUGAAGACAAGAAUGCAAGUGGCUGAUUCUGGCUUCUCUCAGAUGUCUGGAUUGUCUGUUUUUAGACACAUUAUAAGGAGUGAUGGCAUUCCAGGCAUUUUUAGAGGCUUCGCAACAUCAGCCAUUGGAUCCUUGCCUGGUCGAGUCCUUGCUUUAACUUCCCUUGAAAUGUCAAAGGAUAUGAUGCUGAAGUACACGGAGGACCUGAAUAUGCCAGAAGCAACACGAAUUGGUUUUGCAAAUGCAAUUGCUGGACUGUCUUCCAAUUUAGCUUCUUGCAUAUACUUUGUUCCUUUGGAUGUGAUCUGCCAGCGGCUAAUGGUUCAAGGGCUUCCUGGGAGCGCGCCUUGCAAUGGUCCAUUCGAUGUUAUGCAGAAAGUUAUAAAAAUAGAAGGGCUUCGUGGCAUGUACAGGGGCUUUGGAUUAACAGCUGUAACUCAGUCUCCUGCAUCUGCACUUUGGUGGGGAAUCUAUGGUGCUGCCCAACAUAGCAUCUGGAGGGGUUUGGGCUAUAGAGAUGAUUUAGAAAAGAAGCCAUCUCAUGCAGAAAUGGCUGUUGUCCAAGCUGCAGCAGGAACAAUAGCUGGUGCUUGUAGUUCAGUGAUUACUACUCCUAUUGAUACUGUCAAGACACGACUUCAGGUUAUUGAUGAUUAUGGUGUAGGAAGACCAUCUGUGAUGAAAACUGUGAAGGCUCUUCUUAAAGAGGAUGGAUGGAAAGGCUUCUACCGAGGAUUUGGCCCUCGGUUUUUAAACAUGUCGUUCUAUGGCACUACAAUGAUAGUAACUUAUGAACUGAUAAAGAGAUUGUCGUUGAAGCAAGUGCGCGAGUAGUACACUCCUGUGGUGCAUCACUCUGCAAUAUUCCGGAACAGUGCAACUUUGUUUUGUUGGCAAAUUUUCUAAGCUAUCGGCAAAGAGCCCAAAAUGAGUUACGGGCAACCUCGCAGUUUCUAGUUCAUUUAUUCAUUUGUAACCUUGUUCUAAGAAAUGGUUAGAAAAAUUAGCUUAAGAAAGUUUUUGAAUACUAAACUGGGAUUAUGUUAAUUGUCAAAUGUAUGCAUUCAUAAUAGCUUCUGUGAGGCUCUGUAGUUUUACCAUCGACGCAAUAUAGUUUAUUAUUUUUGGCUCAAAUGAUAGCACAUUCUUUUUGUAUAUAGAAAGCCUUAAUUUGUGCAUCUAUAUUGGGCACAUGUAUCAUGAAUGUAGCACAAA